AUGUUGGGCUGCGAGUCGCAGCUGGAUAGCGUCAAGAGUUUAGAGUGGGAGAAGCUGCAACAUCCUGGCAGCAGAGCUUCGGCCUUGCUUCGCUUCAGGCUUCUCACCGAUCAGGGCAUGGAAUUCCAGCAGCUUGGUGAUGGCAUUUGGGGCACCCAUAAAAGGUUUUUUGCCUCCAUAUCCUUUCACUCCAAAAGCGGACAGAUCAAGGACCUGGACGGAGUGGUGGAGGAGGUCUUCAAGCUGCUGCCCAGAUCUCCCUAUGGCCCCAAUGAGAAGUGUACACCGAUAAAACUGGACCCUGGCUUUUGUGCUUGCGCGGACCAGGCGGAGCUUCGCAACCACUGA